GGUUUAACUUUUAAUUUGAAUAUUUAACUUAUUAAUUAUUGAAUUAAUUUUUGCAUGCAAUCGAAUUUAUCUAAUGGAAGCAUGAGGGGUGCACUGAGGUGGGGCAAUCCAAUAGUUGUUGCAUGUGACGAGGCAGUAACCAAUAAAUCGGAAGCAAGUAGAAAAGGCAGAACAAAGCCACGUAUUUUUCCCAUGCAGGAACAGUGGGGUCGAACUCAUCCACGUGUGGACGAAGAGCAUUAUCUCGCUUGCGGCUGUUCCAUUUUGUAUAUAGGAAUUAGAUGGAGACAAAAUUGUUAGCCUGUAAUACGUAAUACGUUAUCUUCGAGGCCCAUCGCCGUACACGAGAAAGUUGUUGUGGGCCGAAGACAAACUAACAAGGUCUUGCAAUUUGCAUGAGAAGUGUAAGAAUCGCGGGAUGCUACGGCGAAGAGAUAUUAAUCAAGUGCUGAGCCUUUGCACCGACAAAUUAUAUAAUGUCUAUGAUGUUAUACACAAUAAUUAAAUUAAUUAAUUAUAAAUAGAUUAAUAAAAUAAUAGUUAUCUAAUUUUUAUAAAUUAAAUCUAAAAUUUUUUUUGUAAAUUCAAUCUAAAAUUUUUUUGUUAUUAAAAUUAAUUGUACAAACUACACGCCUUUAUUGAAAUGCACCUUUUUCCUUCCUUUCCUCGAAUCUGAUCCGCAUAUUUUUUUUUAUGGUGGAGUUAAUAGGAAUGCAUAUUCAUAUAAAAAUUAAUUUUCCUUUUUAAUUAUUAAUUAUGUACAAAUAUAAAUAAAUUUAAAAUAAAAAUUAUUUAUAUUCUAUACAUAACCAAUGACUAGAAAAUACAUGUUUAUUUACCUCUCAUUUCUUUUUAUUUUCCCUUUUUGCUCUUAACUGUAGAUAGAAAACGGAAACGGAGAAAGGCAAAGAAAAUUGAGGUUAGCUAAAAGAAAAAAUCAACCAAACUUUGGGAGGAAUAGGGUGGAAAACCAUUGAUCCAUAUAAAAUCAAAAUCUAUUAAAAAUUAAGAGAAAAAAGAGAGAGAGAAGUUGCAAGUGAAGCCAACCCUUUCCUUCUUUUUUUUUGUUCUAUUUGUCCCACAGAUUUUUUUUUUCUACUUACUAUGCUUUUCUUCAUCAUGUGCAUAUGAUCGUCGUCGCCUUCACCUCACAAACCCUCUGCUUUUCCCUAAACCUAACCUCCUUCCCUUCUUUCUCUCUCCUUUUCUGUUCUCACUGAAAUAUCAUAUCCCUAUGGCUGAAGAGCACCAUCUAGAGGAAAACCACCAAGAGGUUCAAACUCAACCCAAAACCAACAAUGGAAAGGACCUUGAUUCUCGUCCUGUCAAGCGCAAACGUAUGGCACCACUAUUAACAUACGCGCCCAGAGAACCUCGCCGUACUUUCUGUACAUUCAUCACCAUCUUACUCCUUUUGGUGGGUCUUACUAUUCUCAUUCUCUGGUUAGUUUACCGACCUCAUAAACCCCAGUUCACCGUAGCUGGUGCUGCCGUCUAUAUCCUCAACACUACAUCCCUACCUUUUAUCUCCACGUCCAUGCAGUUCACUCUUGUCACUAGAAACCCCAAUAAGAGGGUCGCCAUCACAUAUGAUAAACUCUCAGCUUAUGUUUCAUAUAGGAACCAAGCCAUAACACCUCCAGUGGUGUUGCCUCCACUUUAUCACGAAACGAAGAGCACAGUAGCGCUGUCGCCAGUGCUAGGUGGGGCCGGCGUGCCAGUGUCAGUAGAGGUGGCUAAUGGGUUGAUGAUGGAUCAGAGUUAUGGGGUGGUGCCGUUGAGGGUGGUGUUGCUGGGGAGGUUGAAAUAUAAGGCUGGGUCUAUAUGGACGGGGAGGUAUGGAGUUUACGUGAAGUGUGAUAUCUGGGUGGGUUUGAGGAGAGAUGUAGUAGGCCAAGUGCCUCUGCUUGGAUCUCCACGGUGCAAAGUUGAUGUGUCAAGUUAAAGCAUAUAUGUAUACUAAAUAAUCCACGAGGCUUCUGUUUUUUGUUAUUGUUCUGGUUUUCGUUUUUGUUUUAUAAAUUUCAGUGCAGUGCUUGUUGUAAUUGUAUCUGUAAGACAUGCAGACUUCUGUUUCUUGUUCUGGGUUUUCCUCUUAAUUUCUUCUUAUUAUAUGCUGUAGUAAAUGCAAGAUCAAAUGCAGGCAGUUCGAUGGAGAAUGAUUAAUAACAAUUAUUAUAUAUUUUCAAAGAAUUAAGGUUUGGUUUAAGCUCAGGCUCGAGUCGCCUAAAAAAAAAGUAAUCAAUAUAAAACGAUGUUGGUUUUGGCUUUCCAACAACGCCACUGGGCAGUGUGCAACGCUAUAGAGGAGAUAGGUGGCUCUUUCAAGUAGCCGCCAUGGACCAUCUGUCUCGCUGUGUAAAAC